UGAAAGAAUUUUCCGUUAACAUUACAAACAAGUCUUUUUUACUUUGAUUUUCGUCUGUGAUCAAUUUUUUUUCUUACAAAAUUUUUUUGAUAUUCGAUUGAAGAAGAAAAGGGAAAAUCAAAUGAUAAUGUUGGAAUUAAGACCGGAAUUUACACGUUUCUAUCAAGAAGUUAGUGAACGUUUUAAUUCUGGUUUGAAUAAUAUCCGUUCGUUUGGACAACAAAUUACAACAAGAUUUCAACAACAAGAAGAAGAUAAUUCAAUGGUUAAUCAAUCUACUGCUGCUACUAGUAGUAGCGAUAACCCAUUUUUAGAUUCUGAUGAAAAUUUACCAAAUAAUAAUAAUAAUAGCAAUGAUUUAUUGAAUCCGGAAUGUCCAACAACCAAUCAUUCUACUCGCUCCUUAUCAUCAAACAAUACUCAUCGAUCAAAUCGACGAUCAUCACGUCAUCAUCAUCGACAGCAUCAUUCUAAUUCAAAUUCCCAAUCAACAACAUUAUGUCGUGAUCGUGAUAAUUAUCGUCAUCAUCAAACAUAUCAUCAUCCUUAUCUGUUUAAUAAUGGCAAUAAUACGAAUUCAAAUUCUUAUUCAAAUAAUGUUGGCAUUAUUCAUCGUAAUGGUAUGAUUACUGUACGUUCAUUUAAUAAUCAUCGAUCAUAUUUGAAUGUGGAUAAUCAUCAUCAUAAUAAUGAUCGUAAUGUAUUGGCAGCAAUACUAUCGAUAAUUGUUAUUGCUAUAUUAGCAACAGCAUUAGUACAACCAAAAUGGUUUUCAAUUUAUAAUGAUCUUUGUGUACCAACAACAACGGCAACAUCAGCUGGACAACGUUAUUAUUCAAAAUCAGAUAAUUCUAUUGAUACACCAUCAACAGCAAACAUUGAUGAUAAUUCAAUAUCACCAUCAUUAUCGAUAUUUGAUUUUCAACAAUCAUCAUCAUCAUCGAAUCCAAAUACACAAUAUCGUCCACAAUAUUAUUAUAAUGGUCCAUUUCAUUCAUCAUCAUCAUAUUCAUCAACUUAUUCAUUAAUACCGGUUACUAUUUAUGGUUUAACACCGGAUUUUAAAUCAUGUGCUAAUGCACAAAUUCUAGCAUUAAAACGUACAAUUAUUGGCCUAUGUUUUUUAGCAAUAAUGUCAACAUUAGUACAAUUUUUUUUGGAUACAAUGGGUUCGGGUGGACGUAAAUGGAUGAAUUUAUUACGUCAAUAUGCAAUGGGAAAUAUUCUUUGCGUUUUAUUCUGUGUAUUGAUUAUUGGCAUUUGUUAUUUUAUAAGCGUUUUAUAUGAACGUGUACAAUUACAACAAUUAUUUAAUGCUACAAGAAUGUCACAUCAUCAUCAUCAACAGCAACCGAAUGCAAUUUGGUUUAAAAAUCGUAUGAUUAGUCGUGCAACAUUUACAACAACAACAACAACAACAUCGGCCAAUAAUAAUAUUGUUCAACCAUUAGAUUAUCUAACAAUUCAUCAGAUUGAAGUAAAAUUUGAACUUAGUUAUUAUCUAAUAACAUUAGCAGGAUUUUUAUCAAUUUUGGCUUCAGCUGCAAAUCUAUUUCGUCGUCCACGACAAAUAUUUAUCGAACGUAUUAAUGGAUUAAACAAUAAUAAUCAUAAUGAUUAUGAUGAUUGUAAUGGAUAUUAUCCACAUUAUUAUCCUAAUCAUCAUACGAAUAAUAAUCGAUCAUUAAUGGCACGACAUUUACGAUCAUCAACAACAACAACAGCAGCAACGAAUGUCAAUAAUAAUAAUAAUGGUGAUGAAAAUUCAUUACUUAAUUCGGAUGUUUUAAUGAUGAAUAAUUCAUUAGAAUCGCCAACGACAACAACGGCAACAAUAUUACCAUAUUCAUUUGCAAAUGAUUGGUCACAUUAUUGUAAUCAAAAUCAUCAAUCAUCGACGCAACGAUCAACAAUGAUACUGCCACCAUCAAUACCACCAUCAAUGAUACCUCAAUCAUCAUCAACAUCAUCAUCAUGUCCACCACCACCACCUUAUUCGCCUUGAUAUUUUUUUUUUUCAAAAAAAAAUCUUUGUUGUACUUUUGAGUACUAGUCUUUAUGAAUGUCUCACCCAUUUGUUUGUUUGUUUGUUUUUUUUGGCUUCCUUCCUUUCUAUCAUUUUAUUUCAUUCAAUCAAUCAAUCAAUCAUUUUAUUGUCAUAUGGUGUAAACAUUUUUUUGUUGAUGUUGUUGUUAUCUGUUUGUUUGAUGUAAAAAUUACAGCAUUCACCCCGCACACAUACCCAUUUAUAAAUAUUCAAAACAUUGUUUCAUUAUCAUCAUUUUCAUUAUACAAAAACAAAACUGAAAAAAAAGGAUUUUCUUUCUGAUUAACAUCAUCAUCAAA